AUGGCUGACAAGGAAAAUUCACAACUUUCACAAGAUGACCUCCUGGCUCAGAUCGCUGAGCUUCAGGCGGAGGUACGAAGGAUAGCCGAGCUCUCAACACAAAAUACUGGAGAGAACUCCAAGGGCUCAGCUCAAAGUACGGCGGACCCUUUAAACAUCGUCCCGCCAAAGGAAAAGCUCACCCUCGACAACCCCUUCUCCGAGGAGAUCACGAAUUACCAGAUGCCAAAAAACUUUACGCUGCCCACCGCGCUGGAGCCGUACAAGGGGUUCGGCGACCCGCGAGCCCAUGUGAAGAAGUUCCAAUCGAUGAUGUUCUUCAACGGCCCGAACAAUGAGGCCGUCCUUUGUCGAGCAUUUCCCACUUACCUAGAUGGUGCAGCGUUACUCUGGUUUUCUAAACUUUCUGCAGGUUCGAUCUCCUCCUUUGAAGACCUCGCCAGAUUAUUUAUUGAUUACUUCGCUGCAUCAAGAAUAUAUAUACAUGGCUCGGACUUUCUCGGCACCAUCAAACAAGGACAGCAUGAGAGUCUGAAAGACUACAUGACCAGAUUCGCUGACGCCACUAUGGAGAUCCAAGACUUGGACCCGGCCGUUCACCUGCACGCUCUCAAGGCCGGCCUCAAACCUGGCAAAUUUCGGGAGACCAUUGCCAUAACAAAACCAAAGACGUUAGAGGAAUUCCAAGAAAGGGCGGCUGGGCAAAUGGAGAUCGAAGAACUCCGAGAAGCCCAGAAAUCAGACAAACAGCCACAUCGGAGAGAUGAGGAAAGGACUUUCAGAUCGCCAGGCAACAGGGACACAAAGAAACCUCCUAAGCCCGCGUCAAAGUACAACACAUACACCAGAUUUAACACCAGAAGAGAGAACAUCAUCAGAGAGAUCCUCAACGCCAGAAUCAUAAAACCACCAGCCCGAGCAGGGAACUACCAGGAUCAAUGA